AUGCCAGGAAUCAAACUCCCAGGCUUUGGCCUGCCCCUCAACUAUAUGAUGGUUGAAAAGCCGUAUCCCGUAGUCCUCGGCGAAUACGAAGAACCCAAGGACUGGAAAGCCAAAACCCUGACGAUUCGCGAGACAUGCAUGCUCAAAGUCAUAGAAGAUCUCACCAACAAGCCCGAAUGGUGGCUCAAAGUUAAUGAUCCAGAGAUCGCUGCAAAAUGGAAGAAAGAGGCCACCGAGUUACCUUGGGCAGAAUUUCGUCAAAAUGCAGAUUUUACCCAGGAAAUGGCUUCGGCAUGCAUCGAAGAGCUACGCAAGAAAGCAGACUUGUACCAAAAGACAGGUCUUAUUCCUGUCAUGGACUAUAGCUCGGCUGCUAUCAAAUCAGAUAACCUGAUCUGUCAAGAUCUCCGUCAGGCCCUCAAAGAUGCCGUUGCUCCUUUGGAAGAUGUUCCCGAGGACCAGAAAGAUUGGCACCCUGGUAGUGAUGGCAAAGUGCUCGACAUUGUGCACCCCUCUCUCUGGCCUCUCUGUUACGGACAAUCGCGUAUCUUGCCGAAUAAGCGCAUCAACGCUGAAGAAGCUUUGGCUCAUUGUGGGAAAGGAGUCGUGGUGCCAGAAGAUCCAAAAUUCGAUGCCAAGGCCUUCGACAUGGGAGAAGAGGAAUUCGACAAAUUCUUGCCCAUCAGUUUCUUCUCGAAAAACUUUCAAUGGCUUCCCUGCGACGUCGAUUUGACGGGGGAGCAUCCUCGCAUUGAUAGCUAUAUCAACAAUGCCCACCCCAUCAAGCACGCUGCUCUCUACCCGGUAAUAGAGAAAUUCAUUGAGAAGUCGCUACCCGCUUGGGAUGUUAUCUACAGAUGGCACCGGGAUUUCCAAGUUCUGCGUAUUAUCACGAGGAAUGUCGAGCGGCAGUGCAGAGUACCGGAAAUUUGUUCCCGUUUCGUAGGAUGUACUUCGAGGUCGCGACCACUGGAGGAAGGGGAGCCUCCUCGUCCGGACCCCCGGAAAGUGGCCAAGAAUAGCGAUUGCCUGGAGCGCGAUCGUGAAUGGUUUGAGAGGACCCAUCCCGAAGGCCGGCCAGAGCCUAACUAUCCAGGUCAACUCAGGAUUACACCGGACGAUGUGAAAACCUCGGGAUGGCUCAAUAACGCAUCCCGUGUACAGGUUAUAGUCAAGCUUGCAAAUAUUCAUCUCACACCGGAGAAACCGACCUACGACGGAGGCUCAUGGCAUAUUGAGGGUCAGCUGAACGAGCACAUCUGCGCAACCGCUCUUUACUACUAUGAUUGUGAGAACAUCACUGAGUCUCGUCUGGAUUUCCGAACGUCUUCCAACAAAGAGGAUCUGAUGAUGGAGUUGCGGUACGAGCAAAGCGAUUAUGAUGGCAUUGAAGACGUUUUCGCUAUCGAUGCGAGAGGUGACACUAUUCAGAAUAUCGGGAGCGUUGCUACAAGACAGGAUAGGAUGCUUUUCUUUCCCAAUGUCUAUCAGCAUCACGUCAGCCCCUUCGAGCUUGCCGACAAGUCACGACCCGGCCAUCGUAAGAUUCUCGCGUUGUUCUUGGUAGACCCCUUGAUACCGGUCAUCUCAACCGCGAAUGUGCCGCCUCAACAGCGGCAUUGGUUUGAGCAGAGCUUGCUAGAGGGCAACAACCAAGUCGGCAAGCUACCUCCAGAGAUAACGCAUAUGGUGGUGGAAAGCAUGGACUUUCCUAUCGGACUAGACGAGGCAAAGGAGGUACGGGCUAAACUUAUGGCAGAAAGGACCGGACAGCAGGAAAUGGUAACAAACAACAUGCGCAGUCAGGAUUGGAACUUUUGCGAGCACUAA